ACUUUUAUAAUCAAACCAUGCCAUCAUCGGAGAAGAAAAGAGAAAAAAAAGACAAAAUGAAGCUGUAGGAAGAAGCCAGCUACCCCCCAAAAUGAUUUUUGUAUAUAUUGACUUGCUUUAUAGAGGAUAAAAAAUUUAUUAAGUCUUUUGUAAAUUUUUAGAAAUCUGUUUUUGUUCUUGAGAUACUAAAAAUUUAAAUAUUUAAAAGCUGGAGAAGACAUAUAUCAGAGAUUAGAUGCUUUUAGCUAGCUAUAGCUAUGCUCUGAAAAAAUGCUGAGACCCAAAUAGGCACUGUGCUCUACAAGACAACUCCGUACAAAAUCUAACAGCCCACACAGUGUGCAAUUUCCCCAAUUUGCCUCACAUGGCUUGGGAUAACACCCGGCUAUGGUAACAUUUACUGGCCCAUAUUAAAUCGCUGCCAAAGGGUAGAUAGAUAGAUAGAUAGAUGUGCAUAUUUUACAUGGCCAGCCUCACAAAUAUCAAGGGAUAUACCCUGUCUAUUAUUUCCAGGAGGGGCCAUGGCGUAGAUGGAGAGUCCUAGAGUAUUUAAUGCUCAUUUUGAGCUAUGCAGACCCAAUUAGAGCCCGCGCUCUACUGGACAACUCCCGGCAACAUCCAACUGCCCACACAGUGUGCCAUUUUCCCAAUUCCCCUCACAUGACUUGGGUUAACCCGGGGCUAUGGUAACAUUCACUCGCCAAUGUUGAAUCGCCGUCAAGAGGAAUCGAACCCCGGUCUCCCGCACAGAGUACGAGAGCUAUAACCACUAAUCUACGGCGCCACAACGGUAUCGAACCUUGGUCAUUCCCACAAAGUGUGAGAGUUGUAACCACCAAGCUAUGGUGCCACUGCUGUUGCUAAUGAAUUUUCUGGCUGCUGUCACUGGGAAAGCCAUGUUUAGCCCACACAAUGCUUGUUCAGUCAGGGUAAACACUUGAUACACCUUUACGUCAAUUGUACAUGCGUUCCUACGGCUCUCCAUCGUUUUACAAUAUCGGAAAAAGGAGGUAAAAAUUGUGUUUUUAUGAGAGUUUGUUAGAGAUGAAAGCUUGUUUUCUUCCGUUUUUUAACUUCCGUUGUAUCAAUUUCUUUCAAAUUUUCAGGAAACGUUGAUAAUAAUGACAUACAACUUAUGUGUACUUUUCUUUAAAAACAAAACGUGUCAAGAAAAGUUAUUAGGAAAAAACGUGUUUUCUCCUUUAAAAACUCUUUAAAAGUGUGAUGUUUACCUCCUCCGAUCACAAAAUAAGCUGCGAUGGAGUGUUAGUUGUCCUGAAUUAUCGUAAAGGUGUAUUAGGCAACGGUAGGCUAAUUAGGGCAUACCACCUAUUUAUGUGACUCAUUGUAGCCUAAUUAGGCCAUAUGUAAGCUAGUUAACACAUUACAAUAUUUAAUGGCUUUUCACACAUUCCUAAGAAAAAAUCGCAAAAAUCUUUGUUCAGAAUGGAUAUUCUACGCGACCAUGAUUCCAAAAUUGCACGGAAGUAAGAAUUAUGUUAAAAUGAAAUAUAUAACCUAAUUAGGUUAAGUGUCGCCUAUUUAGGUGAACACUGCCACGUUUUCGUCCGCCAUAUUAAUUUUUUCCCUGCGGCGUGAAUGGCUGAUAUCCAUUAUUUAAAACAACAAAUAAUGCCACACAAGGUUUGGGCCAUAAGUUACCAAUGCGCGAUGCAAAUAAGACGAUAAUUGGUGAAAAUUAUCUGCAAGGUGGACAGAUUUGAUUCACAAUUUGAUUCACAUUGAGAAACGCAAUGAUUUUGAUGUAUUUACAACAGAAAGUUUAUGUUCGCCUAGUUAGACUACGGGUAGCCUAAUUAAACUACAUCACGUCGCCUAACUAAACGACUCGCCCAAUUAGGUCAUUCUGCCUAAUUAGGUGUUUACUCUGACUGUUGUUGAGGGAAAAGUUGAUGUUGACAUAAACUCUGUUUUUCUGACUUAAUAAGUUCUUAAGAGUUUAAUGCAGCCAACAGUCCAUUUUGAAAACAUAAAAAUACCAUUAUAUGACAGGCCUAGUUUUAGUACAGGUGUUUGUGUAAAAUUAUUAAGACACUAUAUAUAUAUAUAUUUUUGCAACCACCUUUAAACAAUUUUGAUCCUACUACACUACUUUGUAUUAAAAAUAAAAUGAUACGAAAGAUUUAAUAAAAUGAUACAAAGUUUUUUAUACGAAUUAUACGAACUAAGUAUGAACGUUUUGAGACGAUCCCUUAUUUUUUACGCUGUGAUUUAAGAACAGUAUAAUAAAAUUAUUUCUUUCGAGAUUAUCGUUUAAUUUUUUUUUUCUUUGCGCUACAAUUUAAUAAGAACAGAUAGUUAAUUAAUUUUAACUUAUCGCGAUGUAUCGAGACUGCUUAUCGAGGAAGCGCGAUAAGGCUUCAUGCGCGAUAGAAAUUUAGGAGCAAAAAAAAAGCUAUCGCGUAUCGAUCGCGUCGCGCAAGAUACGCGAUCCUCGAUGUUAAGAUACCUUUUUACAGUACUGUAAAGUUAGAUUUCCCAUGUUAAUACACACUUUAACACAUUGAAACUUGCUGUUUAUGCUGCUCAGUUUUAGUGACUGUACAAUAAUUAUUUUAAUGUAAUGGAAUGGGAAUAGAGUUGGUCAAUAAUGCAAAACUUGGUUGUUAUACAAAGUUGAGUUCCUAAACAAGUGUGACUUUAUAUUCAAUUUCUUUUUUAUUUUUUUUUGCCAAAGUGAAAUGUCACUUAUUUGUUAAUGCGAUGGUAUUUUUGUCUUUGCUGAGUGUUAAUAAGAGACUGAUUCUUUCUUAAGAGCCAAAUUAAAAUAUUAUAGUAUAUAGUUAAAAAAAACUUUUAUUUUUAUGUUGAAAUACUGCAACUUUAAAAAAAGAUGAGUUGAUCUAAUUUUGUUAGUUGAAAAUUUUUUACCUGUCCGUUUCAAAUUUUAACUAGCAGAGGCAGAACCUGAUUUAAGAAAUUAUUUUGGGUGUUUCUAGUCACUAUGGGUAGCACUGCAGGGAGUGAUCUUAAUGCAGCCUUUUUAACUUAUUUUUCAUAUGUAUUUAAUCACAUUUGCUGGUAAACUUGUUCUUUUUCCAUAAUAAUUUAUAUAUUUUUUGCAAUCAUACAUUCCCAUACACAAAUAACAGUUAAUUAAGAAAGAAAAUCAGAUAAAAAAAUUGUUCAAACUACAUGUUAAGUAAAAAUACUACGUUUGCAACAACUUUCUGAUCAAGAAUGUUAUAAAUCUCUGCAUUUGCUGAGCGCCAACAUAGAAAGGCUGUAGUAACAGGUUGUAAAUAGAAUAAAAUGUUGUGAAUCUUGGAGGAUUUUUUAAUAAAGAGAAUUAUGUUAUGAAAAAAUAAUAUACUUACAGAUGUUUUUCUUCUUGUAAAGUUUGCUUAGAAAAGGAAUUUAUUUGAAAUAAAGCGAUAUUUAACACUAUGAAAUUGUCUCACUAUUUUAAGCACCCAUUAAGAUGUUCUCAAAACAAAACGUCAACAUCUUAAUUGAUCUGGCUCAGUCCCUAUGGUGGUAGACGCAUUGUGAAACUGGCAGUGCAAGACAAAUAGUAAGGGAAGCACUAUCCUAAGCACAUUUACCCAUAUUAUAACAAUUGUCAUGCCAUGUCAUUAUGGCAUGUUAUCAUGGCGUUUCUAUUUCAAAGGACCCAGAAAACGCAGAUUGGUUCGUGGUGCUGUGCCAACAAUAUUUGCUCAUAAACCUCUGGCUGGUAAAAGAACUGUUAUCGAAAAGCUUGAGAAGAAAAGGUUGGUUUCAGAAGCACUAAAAGAUGCAGAAGCACGAGAAAGAGCAGAAGCUCUAAAAAAAGCACAGGAACUUGAAAAGGCAGAAGCACUGAAAAAACAAAUAGAAGAAGUGAAAAGAAUAGAAGCGCUGAAACAAAUAGAAGCACAGAAAAAGGUAGAAGAACGUAUGAGAAAAGCAGAAGAAAAAGAUAAGAAAACAAAAUGUGAUGGUUGUUUAUCUGAAGCAGUUAAUAAGAAUGUGCAUGCUUGCACACGUCAUGUUUGUACGCAGACUGGGGUUUUUGUGAGAGUCAAAGCUUGCCAGUUUAAUCCCCAACAUUCUUGUCGAAGUAAAUACGUCCAAGCUACAAACAAAUCCAGAUCUUUUGGUACACAAACCAAAAAUUCCACGACAAGUUACCAUAUAGAAUCUAUUUGCAAAACAUUUGGUAUACCUGAACUAAAGGCAGCAAUAAUAAAUUUGAUUCAACAGCAUGCUUCAAAGAAAAUGAUCUUGUCACCUUUCUUGGAAGAGGGAAAUACAACAUCGAGAACAACACUUGGCAUUCAAUCAAACAGGAUGGAUUUGGAAAAAGAGAAUGACCUUUCUUUAAAUAUAAAGAAGAAGAAACAGAAAGAUUCUAUGGUCAAUUUUACUUCUCUCUUACCAGAAGGUGUUCGAAAUAUGAAAGAACUUAAUCGUGAUAUGUUCACUGUUAAUACUGUUUUUCCAUGUAUAAAAUGCAGAUCGAUCUCUUGUGAGAAAAUUUUAUCUAUUUUUCGUCGUAAAUUACUGAAAAGGCCUAAUUUUAAGCGAAUUCGAAAAGGUCAAGAUGGUGAUGAAAGAAGUAAAAUAAUUUUACUGUGUCCGUAUAUCACAUCCCUGGAUGAGUUUACAACAAGUCAGAAAACUAUUUUAGAUGAAGAAGGAGCAUUGUUUACAACGCAUGAAAUUGAGUUGACAUAUAAGGAUUUUAAUUUGGAAGAGAUCCUGAAAAAGGUUUUGCCUGAAGAUUCAGAGGAGUUGGUUAGUUCUUUUGAAACUGUUUGACAUAUUGCACAUGUAAACCUUAAAGAAAACUUACUGGAUUUUAAGCAUCUGAUUGGUACAGUUGUGAUGGAUAAACACCUUAAUGUAAAAACAGUUGUCAAUAAAACUAUUGUUGAAGAAACUUUUGGAUUUUCUAAAUUGAAAAUUCUUUGUGGUAAAGAUAAUAUGUAUGCAACAGUGCAGGAGUAUGGUUGCAUAUUUGAGUUUGAUUACUCUAAAGUCUAUUGGAACUCUCGGUUGCAUAAUGAACAUAAAAGAAUUGUGGAAAUGCUAAAUCCAAACGAUGUUGUCUUUGACGUUUUUGCUGGAGUUGGACCAUUCUCUAUUCCAGCAGCUAAAAAGAAAUGUGUGGUUUAUGCUAACGAUUUGAACGAAUUUUCUUAUGCUGAACUAAACAAUGUCUGUGAGAAUUUUACAUGUUUUAAUAUGGAUGGCCGUGAUUUUUUAAAUGAAAUUGUAUGCAAGGAAAUUUGCUCCAUUAGUCACAAUAUUACAAAGCACAUUGUAAUGAACCUGCCUGCUUUAGCUCCUAGUUUUCUUGACAUAUUUAAGAAGAAAUAUGAUAACUUUGACAUACCAUUAACCCAAUGUAACAAAGUUUUUGUGCAUUGUUAUUGUUUCUGUAAAAGUAAAACUCCACAAGAAGACGCUGAAGUAUUAGUUUCAGAAUCUAUUGGUCUUGACAUUUCCACUAAUGCUAAAACCCACCUGGUGAGAAAAGUUUCACCGAAUGAAGUAAUGAUGUGUGUUUCAUUUAAAUUAUACUGGUUUGAGUCAAAAUGCAUGUGCGAGGAGGGUGAAACCUUGGUGACACGAAAAAGACCAGGGGAAGGUGAUUUUUAUCCUGUCAUUGUGGAAAAGUCUAGACGUUCAGAUGAAUAAAAAGAGACAUCAUGCAGAUUGAUAACUGAUCUCCACUGGACAAUGGCGGCAAUGAAAUCAUCUUACUAUGAUACAAAUUUGAUAAGAUGUGAUGUAUUACUUUUAGUUAUAUUAUGCAUACAAAUUAAAAUUUUUUCCAAGUACAGUUCACAUGCAUGACGAAACUGUAUUCUUGAAACUCAAGUGGUUUCAAUUAAUGUUUUUGCCAUGUGUCUGUGUAACAACAUUUAGCAACAAAUUUUGUAUGGGAAGCGAAUUCCAUUGGUACAAAGUUUGUGCUGUUUCUGGGGUUUUUUACCUGUGACUAUGAUCCAUAUUGUUUGAUGACGUAACUACACUUACAGAAUAAACCUCUGUUAGGAUCAUUUCUUCAAUUGACCUGCAAGCAACAUGGGUUUUUCAGAAGAUAAAACAGUGUUUUAGUAAGAUAAUAAUCAUUACUGAAUUAAAAAAGGUAUUUUCUUUGAAAUAUGGAGUCUGAUUAAUAGUUCAUUCUAUAGUUCUAUUUGGUUUUGAUGCAUCUUGUUAGUAGGAUAACAACAAGAUAUUUGGAGUAAGUCAUUUUAUAGAGUAAGAUGUUAUUGUUAUGUUUUUUUGAGUUCUUCUCAGUUAAUAAAAAAGUGACUUUGUGUCUUUACCUUAUUCUAGUACUCUAAUCAUGUGUUUUUAUUUGAAACUUAAAAACGUACAUGUUUUUUAUAGAAACAACAACGGUUGAUGUGCUUUUUUAUAAGCCUGAAAUGUUUUUUCGUUAAAAAAUAAGGAACUAAUGGCCAGAUUAAUGGAAAAUGUAGUUUUAUUUAUAAAAACAUACAUGCAUAAUAGUACAGAAAAAACAAAAGUAUUUGGUCUUUUAUUAAUCCUAGACUCAAUGUUUAUUCCUUUAACUUUUUAAGGGAUUCAGGCAAAGUAUUUCUUAACAUGUUCUGUAUAAUGUUUGACACAUCUAAUGUAGAGCAUAAGCUAGGUUCUUUUAAAAAACCAUGUAUUGCAUUUUACUAAGUCUUGAGCUUAUCUUAUUUUCAAUCUGUUUGCUAUCUUGUUUGUUUGUUUGUUUGAUUGUUUUGCUUGUUUAUGUACCAGCAGUUCAAUGCUAUCUAUAAUUUUUUGACCUGUGAUGCCUAAAUUUUAAAAAUUGUUAAAAACUGUUUUGGCCUGUUUUCUGGUUUGUAAACAUACAAUUAUGUCAUUUUUGUCUGGAUGAUGUCAUUCAGAUCUUUUUUAUUCUAAUUAUUUAGGGUCAAGCAAAUUUAGGGGCUUAAGAACAUUGUGAGUGAGAGAGAGAGUUGUUAAUACUUUGUUUUGUUUUAUUUCGUUCUUGUGUGAGGUUAUUACUGAUCUUUUAGGCAAAAACCCUUUUUAUGUGCAUUUUUAGUUAUUUAAUUUGCUCUGCUGUUAAAGUGUAUCAGCAUUGGUUAUCGGAAUAAUGAAUCCUAUAUUUUCAUGUAUUUGAUUUUUAGGAUAUAUCAAUGCAUGCAUAUGCGUAAUUUGUUGAUAAUCUAAUAUCUCAGUAGGAAAUUCCUUAAAGUUGCUUUCUAAAACUGGCAUUUUGGUUACAUGUUACACUAUUUGCUUUUAUUUACUUUCUGGCAUAUAAAGCUGUUUAUUUAUAAAAGUUAAAUUAAUUGUAUGAAUAAUGUAUAAAGUAUACUUUGCGAGACAACCCACUAAUUAAUCUCA